AUGACAGAUUCGACCAACCCUACGGACUCAGGAUUCCAAGCCAUGCAUAACCCCGCCAAGGUAUCCGGCCAGGCCUCGGAGCCCGGUGACGCCGAUGCCAAGUCAAGAGAUCAUCCUUCUCAAGUCCGUUUCUCGUCCAUCACGGAGGAGAUUGAACCAUCUCGAUCGGAAUUGUCUCCCGUCCCAGAGCAAGUGCCACAAUCUUUAUCAGAGGCGCAGAAGCAAGCUACGGAUGAGGAGCAAUUACGGUCGCUGGCGAUGAGUAUGCAGGGUGCACAGCUUCAGGAGUCACGCCUGCGAAACUUCUCUUUUGACCCCAUGUCUCUCCCAUCUUCCAGGGUCGCAUCUCGAGACUCGAGUGACCGUAGCGGGCAUAUCAGUGGUGCCUUUGCAUCUCCACAAACCUCGCCUCCUGUCUCAGCUGUUCAGUCGCCCCCUCUUACCCCGGCUGCAACCUAUUCUCGUGAAAGCAGGAGCGACAAUGCUUCUGUAAAAUCCCCCACCCGACCACAUGUGCAAACAAACUUCACACCGGAAGCAUCGCCUCCAGUCGGAACGAUUGAUAAGAACGGUACGCCUCAACCCGCCUCAUCGUCCCGACCCCCAUCCACGGAUCACCUGCCCUCGAGGCAGAGUGAAGGCUCCGACCGCCAUCCCCAUGUCAUCCAGCCACCGAGGCAUCGUGCGCAAUUCUUUAUAGGGAAUGAUGCUAGCUCGCAGGAAGAAAGUCCUCCUCCUACUCCAAGAGAGUCCCUUACUCCGCCCGGGGCUAUGACCCCUGUAGGCGAACCUAAUGACCCAUAUGCGCGCCACAAGCGACCACCCCAACCUAAAAACCUUUCUCAAUUGGAUCCCCGGUUUAUCUUCAGUGGUCGAGAUGUCAAACGCACUUUCCGUCCGGGAGCUCCCCGAUCUGCCAGCGCCAGUGACCUGAGCAAAUCCAGUGAUAAGCGGGGCAUAUUUGGUGGCAAGAAAGACCAUGGUAGUGAAAAGGGUCAUAAUGGCCAUCAGCACCAUGGCUCGAUGUCUGAGUUGAAACGGUUUUUCAAGAUGGGCCAUCGCAACAAGCGGUCCGAGUCCCCGACGUCCAUGCCCAAGAAAUCGAGCCGAUCAUCUGGAAAGAACACCCCCUAUCAAAUGGCUCCAGAGAAUGUUCCUUUUGCGGAUGAUCACGGUUUGAACUCUAAAUAUGGAAAGCUGGGCAGAGUACUCGGAUCCGGUGCUGGUGGCUCCGUGCGUCUGUUGAAGCGCAACAGCGAUGGUGUGACAUUUGCAGUGAAACAAUUCCGGGACCGCCAUAACUGGGAGAGUCUGAAGGAGUAUUCGAAGAAGGUGACUGCUGAGUUCUGCAUUGGCUCCACCUUGCAUCAUGGCAAUAUCAUUGAGACCUUGGAUAUCAUCCAAGAAGGCGCUCGUUGGUACGAGGUCAUGGAAUAUGCUCCUUUCGAUCUAUUUGCCAUCGUCAUGACAGGCAAAAUGAGCAAGGAGGAGGUUGCCUGCUCCUUCAAGCAGAUCCUGAGUGGUGUGGCCUAUAUCCACGGCAUGGGUCUAGCUCAUCGCGAUUUGAAGCUUGAUAACGUGGUGGUGAAUGAUCGGGGCAUCAUGAAGCUCAUUGACUUUGGAAGUGCAGUCGUCUUCCGCUAUCCAUUUGAGAACGAUAUUGUCCCUGCUUCAGGUAUCGUUGGCUCGGAUCCGUAUCUCGCUCCCGAGGUCUACGAUGAGAAGAAAUAUGACCCUCGCCCCACGGAUGUUUGGUCGCUGGCGAUCAUCUUCUGUUGUAUGACCUUGCGCCGAUUCCCAUGGAAGCAACCGCGCAUGACCGACAACUCCUACAAGCUGUUUGUUUCCACUCCGACUCCUGGCACCCCGGUUCCUGAGUCCGAUACUCGCCGUCGGCCCAAGUCGACCCCCGAUCUCCCUGGCCAGGGGCAGGACAAUAAGCGGCUCACUCCUCGCUCGAGCGGACCUUCCGACCAGUCAGGAUCGGAGCAGAACGGAAAUGCGAAUGGCCAUUCAGAGUCCUCGCAGAGAGACGGCGAUCUGUCUCCUGACACUGCCCAGAAGCAGGUCAGCCAAACGAGCAACAACGCCAAUGACAGGACCACUCGCACCACCAGCAAGGAGGCACCCCCGCUUCCAGCAGGAUCUACCCAGAAUUCUGGUCAACGCCAGGAAGUCAUCAAGGGCCCAUGGCGACUCCUCCGCAUCUUGCCGCGGGAAAGUCGAUUCAUCAUUGGUCGCAUGCUCAAGGUCGACCCGAAGGAGCGAGCAACACUCGAUGAGGUUUUGUCGGACGAGUGGAUCAAGAGCAUCCAUGCGUGCCAACAGGAUGGAACUGGUGAAAUCAUCCCCGCCCCCGGUCACACCCACGUCCUUGAACCUCCGUCCCAAAGCCCUGCCGUGGCCAGCAAAGCCGUCAAGGCCAAAUAA